GGACAACGCUUGGAGGGCGAAGGCCGAUGGUAUAUAAUAUGUCCUACUUUGGUCAGCAGUAGAUCUCAAAAGGCGCCUUUUGCCAAGCGAAAAGUGCCAGCAGCUGUGUCGCAGAGGUUCCAGUGCUUCCAGCCAUUCGUGGAAGCAGUAAGAGAUCCCCUGACGAGUCAGAAAGCCGCAGUACACACAGCAACUGUGCAUGCGCAGGUAGGGCAGGGAUCACCUUAUUUAGGAAUACCCACUCGGCACGUGCAUGUGCGGAGCCGAAUCGGGCAGCCCACUUUUCUUCGUCGUGCUCCUGCAGCUACCCCAUCCCCCGUCUUACGAACACCCACCACGCCUACACCUGUACUCACGACCGAUCCAACAACCCCUAAACAAUGGCAAAGUCAACCCGCUCCAAAGUCAAGCGCCAUUUCCGUGCGAAGAAGCGCACAGAAGGCGUAUACGCUGCCGCUGAGGCAGCACGCCUCAACCGCCUCCACCAAAAACUCAAAACACUUACCACCCGCGACAAGGACGGCGACGUCGAGAUCCCGGAGGAGGCCGUAGAAUCGUUCAGCGAUGAGGAGGGCGCUCAGCAACCAGACGGCCAACCGAUAAUCGACGACUCGGCUCAGGGUGCAGACACCAUGGCCGUAGACCCCAGCAACGCAGGUCCCUCUACAGAGGGCACAAAACGGAUAUCCACACACGGCCCUCGAGGAUCGCGCCGCGAAGAAUGGCGGCUAUCGAAGGGUAUGCCCGCCCGCGCGCAGUCGAAAGGAAUGAAUCGGCAGGGAACCGUCGCCGCGAAGAGGAAGUCGGGGAGAUCGCAUCGGAGACGGUGAUGCGUUCAAGUUAUGGUUGUAUUUAUACGGAUACUCGUAGUGUAGCCUCUGGUUUCUUCUUUGCUCACUGGGCUUCUGACUUACUGGUCAAAAUGCAAUGGAUGCAACUGCUCGCACUGGA